UACCUUUCCAUCUUUUUUGCAUAUCUAUACGGCAUCGCGUUGUAAUAUUGUAGGCCUCGACGUUUAAAAAUACGUAAUAUGCUGUACCAACAUCCACAUCCGCGCGCCUGCACCUACAUCUGCGCGCCUGCACCCACAACCACGUACAAAAUAGCUUUUAUUUUUAUGACUCGAGGCAAGUACUAUUCUUUCUCUACCUUUCUAUCUUUUUUGCAUGUUUAUACGGCAUUGCGUUGUGAUAUUAUAGGCUUUAACGUGGUAUAUUUCCAAAAACGUUGCGACCGGUGUUGCGACCGGUAUUGCGACCGGUAUUGCGGCUAAUCAUCACCCCGGAACGCUCGGAACGCGUGUAUUUACUAAUAAUAAAAUUAGUAAAUGUUUUAGAUUAAUUAAGACUUACUUUAAACGCGUUGAUACUGUUGUUUUUGAUAUUGUUUUUAAUGUUGUUUUUGAUAUUGUUUUUAAU